GGUGAAUGGCUUUCCAGGUCCCCGAGGGGCGGUCCCAGGGUCCCCACUCCCGGGCCGAGGGAGCAGGGUGGGGGCCUGGGGAGGAUUCUGGGGACCGGUUUCUUAGAAGGGAAGAUGACUUUUCACCGUCACUGGGGCUCAUGCAGGAAGCCCGAGGGAGCAGGAGGCGGAAACGUGCCCACAUCAAGGGCGGCAGGACGGGGCGGAGGGGUACAGGGGCGAGCGCAGAAGGGGCUGCAGGGUGCGAGGCCUGCCCUUCUGUCCCUUCCAAGACCCUGCCACAGGCAUGAGGGGUCUCCGGCCGAGAUGACAGUGCUGGUGCCAGCCUGGAGCCCCAAUCCUUCGCUGCUGCUGCUGCUGCUGCUGCUGAGCCCGUGCCUGCGGGGCACACCUGACUGCUACUUCAGCCACAAUCCCAUCUCCUCCAACUUCAAAGUGAGGAUCGGAAAGCUGACUGACUACCUGCUUAAAGAUUACCCAGUCACGGUGGCCAUCAACCUUCAGGACGAGAAACACUGCAAGGCUUUGUGGAGCCUCUUCCUGGCCCAGCGCUGGAUGGAGCAACUGAAGACUGUGGCAGGGACCGAAAUGCAAGAGCUCCUGGAGGCCGUCAACACCGAGAUACAUUUCGUCAGGUCAUGCGCCUUCCAGCCUCUCCCAGAAUGUCUUCGCUUCGUCCAGACCAACAUCUCCCACCUCCUGCAGGACACCUGCACGCAGCUGUUGGCUCUGAAACUCUGUAUGGGGAAGGCCUGCCAGAAUUUCUCUAGGUGCCUGGAGGUGCAAUGUCAGCCAGACUCGUCUACCCUGCUGCCCCCAAGGAGUCCUAUCGCCCUAGAAGGCACCAAGCUUCCAGAACCUCCGUCCAGCCAGCUCUUGCUGCUGCUGCUGCUGCUGCUGCCUCUCACGCUUGUGCUCCUGGCCGCUGCCUGGGGCCUUCGCUGGCAAAGGGCACGAAGGAGGACGGCGCUCCGCCCUGGGGUGCCCCUCACCUCCCAUCCCUAGGAUAUGACACUUGUGCGGCAUUGACUCAGCCGGGGCUUAUCUCGGGUCUCAUGUAGCCCCAUCUGACUUGGAACUUGCUGUGUAGACCAGGCUGGCGUGAAACUCAAGAGAUCCACCUGCCUCUCCCUCCUCAAUGAUAGGAUUAAAGGUGUGUGUCACCAUGCCUGGCUGUAAGACUCCCUUUGGAAAAACCAAAACCAAAACCAAACCAAACCAAACCAAAAAAACAAAAUCUGGGAGCAGAUUUUGUGGUGCAAGGUCUCUGCACCCUGGAGAAGAGGCAGAAGGGUCAGGAUUCUGGGUUAUCUCCUGGUACAUAGAAACUCCAGGCUAACCUAAAGGGGUGGAGUGGGGGAGGGACGGGUGAGGAGGGGAGAGUGUAGCUCAGUGGUAAGCGGCUUUGCUGAAAAGGGAUGGGGGCGUGGCUCAACGGUAGAGUGCUGUCGUCGGACAGACCAUUGAUGAUCCAGUGUUACAGAGGAGGAGACUGAGGCCAAGCAGGAGUCACGUGACAGACGUUGCACAGCCUGGACACAGGGAAAGUUGGGUGGAGGCUGGCCCCCUCUUGGACCUCGCUGCCCCUCCAGCUCUCUCCCUAGGAUGAAGUCAACAUCAGAAACCAGCAAAAGCCCUAAUCACCCCACUCUGUACAAAGUCUUUGCCCCCAUGAACUUGGAUAUAAAUGGUUUUUACCAGCUCGUCCGGACCUAUCUGUGGACGGGACAGGGCGUGCGUGGGCUGUUUUAGGUUUCAGGAUCCUGGUUUUGCAGUGCUUGGUGAUGUAAUCCCAGCUCUCCAGAAGCUGAGGCAGGAUCUCAAGUUUUUAAGGCCAGCCUGGAUUGCAGAACUCCUAUGUCAAAAGCCAAAACCAACGACAAAAGGUUCUGUUUGUUUUCUGAGGCCUCCAAUGGCCCAGAAUCAUCACUGAGAAAUGCUCCCUGGAGCCCUGAUGGGAGGCAGGAGCAGCCCAAAUUCCCCAAGGCCAUGGCCGCAAAGUGUUGGAGCUUCCAGGAGGAAUCGACUCAGGCUGGGAUGUUUGGGAAGGUUCUCUAGAGAAAACGAGUUACGGAGACUGCCCAAUUUACUUGUCUGGCUAGUUUUCUGGGGGAGGGUAUCUCACAUAACGUGCACAGCUGAUGCAGAGGCCUUUGGACACAGACGCAGGUGGGUGUGGCUCGGGAACCUGGAAGUCCUUCCUUCCCCCAACUCCUCCGUCUUGGGUAACUAACUACACCUGUUUAAUAUUCACAAACUCCUAGACUCAGAAAAGGCCUGCAGUUGUCUUGCACACCGUGAGGUUGAAGGGAGGGAACGCAAACCGCUACACUUCUACCGCAAAC